CAACAUGGGCUCUAACGGCAGCAAACGGCAAGCUGCAGAUCAUUACACCUUGCUGGGUUUAAGCGAUCUAAGAGAAGCUGCCACUCCAGAACAGAUUAGAAAGGCCUAUCUCAAGAGCGCCUUGAAAUAUCAUCCUGACAAGCUCACCUUCCUUAUUCUCGCCGAGCAAAGCGAAGCGGCCAGAAAAGCCAAGAAGGAGGAGAUCGACACCCACUUCAAGAAAAUCGUAGCAGCAUAUGAGGUAUUGAGCGAUCCGGUCCAGAGAGGAAACUACGACUCGGGACGGAUCUAUAGUUCCUCCAGCUCCGGUGGGCAUACUAGUACUGAUAGCAGUACUAGUACUCCUACUGAAGAUCAUCAUCAUCAGCAUCAGCGUCAUGAUGUGGAUGAUGAAAUCCCUAGUGACUGUGCUCCGGGGGAUUUCUUCAAGGUGUUUGGUCCUGCUUUCGAAAGAAACGCGCGGUGGUCGGCUAAGAAACCGGUGCCGGGUUUAGGGAACGAGAGAACUCCUAUGGAGGAAGUGGACAAGUUCUAUGAGUUUUGGUACAGCUUCAAAAGCAGCAGAGACUUCACAGGUACGUAUCAGUAUAAACGUGACAGAGAGUGGGCUAUGAGGCAGGAGUAUAUACGAAUUCGGAGACUCGCUGACAAUGCCUAUGGGAAAGACCCGAGGAUAUUGAGGAGGAAGGAAGAGGAGAAGGCCGAGAAGGAAAGGAAAAAGAUGGAAAAGAAAAUGAGGAAGGAAGCAGAGGCUAGGGCGGCUGAGGAGGAGAGGCGGCGGAGGGAGGAGGAGGAGAAGCGAGCUGCGGAAGUGGCUUUGGAGCAGAAGAAGGUUAAGGAGGGGGAGAGAAAACUCUUGAAGAAGGAAAGGAGUCGUUUUCGAACACUCUCAGUAGGGUUGCACGGUCUUGAGAAGGAUGAUGUGGAAAGGCUUUGCACGUGGUUUGAUUUUGAAAAGCUUAGGAAUGUAUGUGAAAGAAUUGAAGACGGAAAAGAUGAGGGGCUAAUGGACCGGUUGGCAAAAAUUGUUAGCGAGAUCAAGAGAGAAGAAGAUGAGAAUAAGAAAAGUAGUACUCAACAACAAACACAGAACGAGAAUGAGAGUAAUGGUAAUGUCAAUGGUAGUGUUAAGGAGGAGAGACCUUGGGGGAAAGAAGAGAUUGAGCUAUUGAGGAAAGGGAUGAUGAAAUUUCCGAAAGGAACACCGCGAAGGUGGGAAGUGGUUUCGGAGUACAUUGGUACCGGAAGAUCCGUGGAGGAAGUUCUCAAGGCAAUGAAGACGGUGCUUCUCAAGAAACCUGAUGAUAGCAAAGCGUUUGACUCUUUUCUUGAGAAGAGGAAGCCUUCGAAAUCUAUUGACUCGCCGCUCACAACAAGAAUAGAAGUAGAAGGGGUAUCUAUGUCAUCGACUAGUACUAGUACGAGUCGUCCUCCUCCCAAUGAUCAAAAGUCUGCAAGUGGAUCAACGUCGAGUAGUUCGGAGCAGGAUGAUGUGUGGUCUGUUGAGCAAGAAAGGGCGCUGAUUCAGGCAAUGAAGACUGUUCCGAAGGAACUAUCCGGCGGUGCGAGGUGGGAGCGAAUUGCUGCUGCUGUUCCUGAGAAGACGGCAAAUCAAUGCAAGAAAAAGUUUGCAUUGCUCAAGGAAAACUUGAGAAGCAAAAAAAGUUCUGCCUAA